CCCUUUUACAACAGCUUCGUAAUUUCACCAAAAUAAGAAAAUGAAAGAUAUUUCUUUUUUUUUUUCUCUCCUUUGAUAAGGUGAAAAUGAAAGCUUUCAGUUGACAUUUGCUCUCUAAGAUGAACCUGAUAAGGAACAUAGUAACCAAGAUAAUCUUUUCUUAACAACAGCUUUCUCUCUAUCUUUGUCCGUUCUUAACUUAAUCCUCUCUCUCUCUCUCUCUCUCUCUCCACUUCAUCUGCAGACUGCAAACUGAACAGAAUGGGAGAAACAUCGGUGCUCUCUGUUUUUGAGGUAGUGAAGUGUUAGGAUCCAGGAAAGGAAAGUUUACCUCUGUCUGAUUUUACAAUGCCAGUUCCUCUUGCUCCAUAUCCAACACCUCCAGCGCCAUACACUCCUCCUGCCAAUGGUGCUCAGAGCCAGCUUGUGUGCUCUGGAUGUAGAAACCUAUUACUCUAUCCAGUUGGAGCAAACUCUGUGUGUUGUGCUGUUUGCAAUGCAGUAACAGCUGUGCCGCCUCCUGGCACAGAAAUGGCCCAGUUGGUUUGUGGAGGCUGCCAUACCUUAUUAAUGUACAUCCGAGGGGCCACAAGUGUUCAAUGUUCAUGCUGUCACACCGUCAAUCUGGCAUUGGAAGCAAAUCAGGUGGCACAUGUAAAUUGUGGGAACUGCAGGAUGCUACUAAUGUACCAGUAUGGAGCACGAUCUGUAAAAUGUGCAGUUUGCAAUUUUGUGACAUCAGUUGGGGCCUCAGCAAGUGCCACUGAACAGAAGUUCAACAACUAAAGAUUUUAUUUUUGCACCCAAGUUGAUUACGUAGAAGCGACAACUUCGGUUUUGCAACAUUACAAUAUCCUCACGGUUGCACUCUCAGCGAAAUAGAGGAAAUCCCCUCCUCAAAUGUAUAGAGUUAUUUUUCCCUGCGUGACGUAUUUAUGAAUAAGCAGUUUUGGCAGCUGGUUGGAUGUAUGAUAAGUGUUUCCAUCAGAAAGACUCUGAGUUAUCCUCCAAUAAGAUAAACUUGGUUUUCUUUUACUUUGCCUUA